CUUGUAACGAUUUCCAAACUUUUGCAUAAAUUCUUUAAUUUUAAGGCAAGACAACGAUGCCUUCGACAACCAAGGAAGAUAGGAAUAAAAAGUUUAUGGUGGCCAGCAGUGACUCGGAGUCGGAAAAUGAGGAUCUAGCCCUGGUACAUAUGGUUCUCAGGAAGCUAAACAUCAAGGAUCAAACUCUGCUUCACCGCCAUUUUAAGAUAGUGCCAGAUGCGUUCAAUAUCCUUUGGCGGGAGCAACACCAACCAUUGGACUUGGGACAAAUGCAGUUAAAACUGCAUGGUUCAAAUCUGCAUUUAUUUCUGCAGGACAUGUGCAAGGAGUUUCGGAGCGUCCAUUUUCGCAGUGAGCAACUGCAAGAGGAGCUGAACAUCCUGGAACAGGCGGGUAUUGAACGUCUGGUAAACAUAGAGACCUGUGAGAUUUCCUGGAGUAAAUCUUUGGCUAAGGGUAAUACAAACUUUCCCCAAUGGCCAUUUCACGCCCUACCAAAACUUUUAAGCAACCUGACCAAACUGGAGAUUUUUGCUCCAGUACAGGUCUGCUUUAUUGAACAGUUUCGAAAAUUGGAAUCCUUGAAGAUCUUUGACGCAAUUUCCAGUACAUCUUUAGAGGCAAUUUUAUCCACUGAUUCACCAUUGAUGCAGUUACAUUUACCAGGAGAUCUUACCUAUCAACUUGUGGGAAUCUCAAAGUGUCGGCAUUUAAAGAAUAUAUUGGUAAACCUACAGACCUUUUUAUCCAGUCCCAAUGAGAUUCUUCAGUUGCCCAAACUCUUGGUUUUGAGGCUCACUCAGCUUACAGAAAACGGGGACUCAUUAAAGGCCCUAUCCAAAGUGAUCCAAGUAAAGGGAAGUCAGCUAAAGAGUUUUCAACUUAACUGCAGUUUUAUGGAUCAUUGCAAAUAUCUAGCUCAGCUGCAAUUAAAUCGCUGCCAAAGCUUGGACGAACUGGAGUUGGUGAAUUGCCAAUUUGAGUAUCAGGACAUGACCAAGCUCUGUCUGCCCGCUUCCCAAAGCUAUGCUAUGUUCAGCAAUUGCCCCGACCUCAUUGAUGACCAACUUUUGGACUUCAUCAAGGCCAGUCCCAAACUAAAAGAACUUGUACUUGUCGAGUGCCCCAAACUGACGGAAGCUCUGCUUUAUGAUGUUGUAAAAGUGCGAUGCAGUUAUGAGAAUCCGGAGACCUUGUUGUUCAGAGUUAAGGAUUGCCAGGAUAUUUGGGAUUCCUAUAAAAAGAACUUCUCUAGCCACUGGGAUCGUAAAAGAUAUAUACUUAAACUGGAUUGCAUGACGGAAGAUAAUACGCCCAUCGAUAAUGUCCAGUUCAUGUUUCACGAACCACAGGAAAAUCCAAGAAUAAUUCAAGUGACUGUUUGACAGGGUUUAUACAGUUUUUCAAUAUAUGUCUUUAAAAAGUAGGGGGGAAUAAAAACAUAUAUCAAACAAAAAUA